CAUAAAUAUCAUACAGAGCUUGUUAGUGUUUCGAAUAGUUUUGAUUUUCUCUUGUUAUAUUUAACUUGUGCCACGGCAAAUGUGUGUAAAUUAUUAAAAUGAGUACCUAUAAAUGUUGUGCAGUGCCUCAAUGCACUAAUACAACAAUAAAAACUCCUACGAAACUGUUUUUUUCUGUGCCGAUGGAUUUGAAUAUUCGUAAGAAGUGGUUUCAGCUUGCUCGGCGUAAUCCUGAUGCUUUAUCACCAAAAACACGUCCUCAUUUUUGUGAAGACCACUUUGAUAUUGAGGAAGACACAGAAAAUUUUAUACAAUAUAAUAUAAUGAAGGAAAAACCGAAGAAGUACAAUCUACGGUUAAAAAAAGGAGUUCUUCCACAUAAAUUUUUAUGUCAGAAACGAAAUACAGCAUCUCAAGAGAAGAAUAAGGCAUCUCAAGAGAAGAAUAAGGUAUCUCAAGCAAAGAAUAAGGCAUCUCAAGAGAAGAAUAAGGCAUCUCAAGCGAAGAAUAAGGCAUCUCAAGUAAAGAAUAAGGCAUCUCAAAAGAAGAAUACCGCAUCUCAUCGUCCUAGCGCAGUUAAAACACGAAGUAUGUCAGCAAUAAACAAAGACACUUCAAGAGUUCGUGAACAUUCACAAACUGAUGAAAUAACUCUAAAACCAUUAUCUGUGUUGGACGGUGCCGUUGGUCAGUGUGGAUCUCUGCCCGGCUCCGAGGGUCUUCCGGUUCCUGUUGUUAGCAUAAAAAUAGAGCCAAAGAUAGAAUUCGACUGUGAUAUUAAAGAGGAAGUACAAUGUGGCUCCCCGUACUCAUCACACUUGUCAUUCGUGAACUAUCACGACGUGAAGUUUGAGACAAUUGAUGAUGACCUUCCGAGUGUGGUAAAGCGCGAAGCAGACGCGCCCAUCAAGGAAGAAGUGGAGGUCACAGAAGAUUCCACUUCAGAUGACACUUCGGGAGCUGACAAACGGCAACCUGAUGGAACUACAACCAACAGGAGAUCAGAGUCAACAGCGCGGAGUGUUGAGAAACAUGUGCAAAUAACACCUAAUAGCGAGAAACUGUUUGAAUGUAAAGUUUGUCGAACACAGUUCGUUGAUAGGAGUGGUUUAUCGAGACACCGUAAGACUCACACAGGCGAGAAACUGUAUAAAUGUGACGUGUGUAACAAUAUGUACGCGAGAAAAAGACAUAUAGCGGUUCAUAACAGAGCUCAUACUAGCGAGAAACCUUUUAAAUGUAAUAUGUGUCUUAGAACGUUUUGUACUAAAGGCCAAUUGACUAGUCACCUCAGAAAACAUUAUAGGAUUCGGAAUAAGACUAUAGAAGUGAUCAGUUCUAAUAAUAGUGUUGUGGCAACGAUUGACGUGGUAUCCAUUAACCCGCAAUCAAGCUGAGAGGGUUUCAGGAAUUAAUACAUACAUAUGGUCACGUCUUUAUCCCUUGAGGGGUAGACAGAGCCAACAGUCUUGAAAAGACUGAUCGGCCACGUUUAGCUAUUUGACUUAAUGAUAGAAUUGAGAUUCAAAUAUUGACAGGUUGCUAGCCCAUUGCCCUAAAAAGGAAUCCCAAGUUUGUAAGCCUAUCCCUUAGUCGCCUUUUACGACAUCCAUGGGAAAGAGAUGGAGUGGUCCUUUUCUUUUUUGUAUUGGUGCCGGGAACCACACGGCAGGUUAGGUAUUAAUAAAUUAGUUUUUUUUUAAAUGGAAGUGACGUCGUGCUGUUUCGGUCUCCCCGGCGCCCCUAUUCACAGCCCGGGAGCCCUAUAAAUGCGCCCCGGGUCUUCAACUUUGGACUAUCAGCGCUCACCGAGUAAGAAAUCGCUGGAUCUCGUGUCUAUAGAUAAACCCGCGCCCUCUUAAACAUUGUUAAACUAUAUAGUUUAAAUAAAGAUUCGUUUUUUUUUU